GUUCUUUUUGGUCGUCUUGCUUAACGAUACUUGAGUCGAAAUAGCUUUGUUGAUUGAGGGAAGUAUGGGCUUUUCUUAUAAACCAAUUAUAAGUCUAACACUCUCCCGUAGGGUUGUAAGAAAAUAAUUGAAUCGAUGGGUAACUUCCCACGUCACACAUUUAUGAAUUGAGUUAUGUAAUACCCAGUGGAUAGUUAGCCAUCCAAAAUUGAAAAUGCAAACCCACUGGGCCUGGAUGGACUUAGUUGGGCCUUCCCAGGCCUUCCUUUUCGUAAUGAGUAUUCGCUGUAGUUGCGAACUCGAGCCUUUUAACAAUCCAGAUCAAAAAGGUGGGAAAGCGAGCAAGCAGUGACUGAGUGGUUCGUCAUUUCGUCGUUGUGAAACCCACUUGGCCACUAUCGCAACCGUUUUGAACCGCCAAGAACCGUCACCAAAGUUCGACGACCAACAAAACACACAAUGCACUCAAUUGACUCUGUUUCAAAACCUUACCAGUUGUUUAUCAAUCAUGGCACUCCCAAUUCACCCACACAUGGCUAUGUCACUCCCAGCUCUCGCUCUCCUUGUUGCCACCGUCUUCCAACUUGCAAGUUCAGAUGAAGGAACAGUACCCAAGUUUGCUUUCAGUUGGUGGGAUGAUAAGAACACAUUCCAAGCCGGGGUUACUGCAACCAUAAAGAUCAAAGUAUUGGGAGAAUUUGACAGCAAGGGAAAUGCUUCACUUGAAAAGAGUGCUUUUAGUCCUACAAUCUCGGUGAAUGGAAAGAUGGGUAACAGUUCUUAUAUUUCUGGGGUUCUUCUGCUUACUGAGGAGGAUACUGGAAAUUGGAAAAUUCUCUUCACUCCAAUCAUGGUUGGGUUGUUUAAUGUGAUUAUUAAUGAAGAACCCUUUGAAGUAUUUGAUUCCUCUCUCCAUUUCAAUGUUACACCAGGACCUAUUUACCCAUCUGUUUGUGUUGCUUCAUGGAUGGGUCUUGCGAAUGAGUUUGAAGUGGGAGCAAAAGCUACCAUUCUUAUUCUUCCUAAAGAUGCGUUUGGGAAUAAUGCUCUCCCUACUGGUGAGGAACUGAAUUCUUAUAAUUUUAUGCUGAGAGCACAUUACUUAAAUGGUUCCAUUGCAAGUGUCCCGAACAUCACAUAUGUGGGUUGGAAUGAAGUUGGCAAUAUUCUCAUUGACUUCAUUAUGGUGAAAUCUGGAGACCUCUUAAUGCAUGUGCAAGGGGGAAAUCAAUCUCUGAAUGGCUCACCACUUACAUUCAAGGUGAACCCAGGACCGCUGGAUGUUUCCAAUUGCGUGGCCCAAUUGAAAUUUGAAACAAAUGCCUGGCAACUUUUCUCCAGGAUGGAAAUUUUAAUAUACCAGCAUGAUCGGUACAGGAACCUUGUCCCUGGAAAAUAUGAAUUUGAUGCUGACAUUGUUGAGAAGGAGACUAACCUUUCUAUGCCUGUGGCGGAUUUGCACUUCGAAGAGGUGGCACCAGGAAUUCAGUUAUUUUCAUUUAGCAUAUUGGAACCAGGGAACUUCUGGCUCACAAUAUCGAAUACAAAGCAUAACAAGAGCAUCUCAAAUAUGCCGUAUGCUUACACUGCCUUUAUAGGUUAUUGCGAUGGAUUGAAAAGCAUAGUUAAUGGUUCUGGUUUAAAUGAUUCUAUUGCUGGGGAAAUGGUGAAGUUUUCAGUUUAUCUGAAUGAUAUUUUCCAAUAUCCCUCUCCAGUUGAAGUAGAAAGGCUUCAAGUCCAAAUUGUAAAGGAAAAUGAUUCGUAUAGUCCACAGCCAACUAUCUGCCCAAUGCAGAUCAUCAAUGGAAGUAUACCAACCCCAGAAUGGAACUAUGUUGCUAUCAGUCAAAUAGCAAAUACUCCUGCACCAUCUAUUGCACCAUCUACAGAUCUGAGUAACACUUCUUUUGGAAGCUCGAAAGUUCAAGUUAGUGCUUUCAGUGUAAUUUUUACUCCUGAGAAGAGUGGUAUAUAUCAAAUUUAUGUCUUCUGUGGAAAUAUUUUGCUGAACGGUGGUCCAUUUACAAAAGAAGUAAAAGCAGGUGAGGUCAAUGUUUCUCUCUCUGGAAAUAUGAGAUUUGCCCCUAAGGUACCAAAGCUGGUCAAAAAUGAAAUACUUGUGCAGCUUGUGGAUUCGUAUUCCAAUCCUGUUCCUUUGCAACAAUCAAGGUUGAAUCUAGAGAUUGCUUCCACUAACAGGUCUGGUUUCUCAAGUUGGAUGUUUGUGGAUAACAACAAUGGGUCAUAUACUGGUUGCUAUCUGGCCAAUGAUGUUGGCACUUAUGAGAUGUGUGUUUCAUUUGAUGGCGAACGCUUAAACCCCUGUCCCUUUGGGGUAAAUGUUUACAGUGGUGAAUAUUUUCCAAAGGCCUAUGAUGAUAAUAUCUCAAUUUGGGAGGACGAGUCCAUUGCUUUUGAUGUUUUAGCAAAUGACUACUUUGCUGGUGACAAUGCAACCAUAAUUGAAUUCUCUAAGCCAGGUCAUGGUUCCCUUUUACAGCAUGGGCAACUACUUAGAUACACACCUUAUAAAGAUUAUUAUGGGAAUGAUUCUUUUUCUUACUCAAUAUCUGAUGUAAAUGGAAAUCUUGCCUCUGCCACUGCAAGCAUUUUUGUCCUCAGUAUCCCACCCCAUUUUGUAUCUUUUCCAAGUCAAUUGCAAGCUACCGAAGAUAUUUUACAUCCUAGAUUUGGUGGUUUCUCUGGAUUUGAGAUACGAUAUUCAGAUCCAACCGAGAACAUCUCUGUUGUUCUUAGUGCACGAUCAGGGACUAUCUUUCUGUCUCCUAUGAUGAUGCAAUUUUGGCAGCCAAUGGGGAGUGGCCUUUCUGUAAAACAUGGAGAUGAAGAAGCUAAGGAUUUGAUCUUAGAGGGCUGUGUAGAAGUAAUCAAUCUAGCACUUCAGUCAAUCCAAUAUCUCGGAAAUGAGAAUUUUUGUGGAGAGGAUAGCAUUCGAGUUUCUGCCAGGAACAGAAAUGGACCGAAUGACCUGGAUGUUCCAGUUUUUGUCGAACCUGUUAAUGAUCCCCCAUUUAUUCGCGUCCCUGGUUUUAUUGUAUUGAAGAGCAAUGGAGAAGAGUCUCUCAUCUUUGACAAAUUUAGGGACAAGUUUGAGUUCUCUGUUGGGGAUCCUGACCUUCUUAACUUCCCUGGUGGCGAGUCUCAAUUCUUAGUGGCAUUUUCUGUGGAAGUUAAUGAUGGAUUUCUGAUGGCUAGUCUACCAGCUGAUCUAAUUAAUACAACCGAACUCAUGCUAAUGAGUAGUUAUCAGUGGCAGCCUCUUCAGACAUAUGUUACAAUCUCAAAACAUUUUAUGGUCAAAGCUAAUGGAAUUAGAUUUCGAGGGACACUCAAUGAGUGCAACACCGUCUUGCAGCAACUGUUAUAUCAUGGUGGAGAGCAUGGUGCUCUUUUAACAAUCAAAUUAAAUGACAUGGGGCAUUAUGGAUGCUAUUUGGAUUGCGCUGAAGGGAUUUCUAUGCCGUUGCAUGCUGUAGCUACCAUAAAGCUCAUACGAAGACGGCCGAUGAGUUCCUUGGUUGCUCACACCCUAGGAUCAGCCAUUGUGAUUGAAUCUCUUUUGGUCCUUUUUCUUGGAGUUCUACUUCUAUUCUUGACAUGCAAAUGUGCGCUUCUACUUUUUAAUGAAAGAAGCAUCCGUAAAACGAGCAACCUGGAGCCAUCAAAAGUGCAAAAUGUACAGAAAGAAACUUCGAGUGGUGAUUAUUUAUCCGAGAAUGCAACUACUUGCUUUACAGGAUGUUGUUCAAGCUCCUCCUUGCUCAGCGGCCAACCUUCCAACUUUCGCCAGCGCUCCCGUUCUGGAAUCGGAAAAUCCAAGGGGCAGUUGUUUUUCCCCUCUUACUCGUCCAGUGAUCAGAUUCCUCCCCCUAGUUUUAUGCCACUUUCUAUUGAGAAAAAGCCAAGUGAAACAGCUUGAGCUUUGUUUGUUUAUAUGUAAAUAUGAUACCAGAGUGAGAACUGCACUUACACAUUGACUUAGACAUGAUCACAUGAUUAAGCACAACAUUUUUUUUA